AUGACAGCGCCCAAGCCGAAACCUAUCGAGCGGGUCACGGAAAAUUUCGAAAAGCCUCUGGCCGACAAAAGAACCUACCGUGUCAUUCAGACGGACAAGGCCAGCGCCGCCCUCGACGUCAAUGUCGGAAGCUUCAGCGACGAAAAAGCCAUGCCUGGCAUGGCCCAUAUCGUGGAACAUCUUCUGUCCAGGGGCACUAAGAAGUUCCUCAUGGAAAACGAAUACUCCCAGUACCUCGCCUCCAACUCUGGCACCUCAAACGCAUACACGGGAGCAACCUCCACCAACUACUACUUCGAUGUUUCUACAAAGCCUGCCAAUGACAUGGAGCCCUCGGCCUCGAACCCCUCUCCCUUCAAAGGUGCGCUCGACCGUUUCGCCCAGUUCUUCAUCGAGCCUCUCUUCCUCGAAUCGAUCCUGGACCGAGAGUUGCGCGCUGUCGAUUCAGAGAACAAGAAGAACCUGCAGAGCGACCAAUGGCGACCAAGACAGCUUAGACAAAGUCUAUCCAGCCCCAACCACCCCUUCAAUCACUUUUCGACCGGCAACUUCGAGGUUCUAAAGACCCAACCAGAGGCCAACGACGUCAUUGUUCAAGCCAAAUUUAUGGAGUUCCACGAGAAGCACUACUCGGCGAACAGGAUGAAGUUGGUGGCUUUGGAACGGGAGCCUUUGGACAUUCUAGAGGGCUGGGUCUCAGAGUUGUUUAAUGGGGUCCCCAACAAGGAUUUGGUGCCGAACCGCUGGAAGGCCGAGGUGCCCUUCCGCGAAAGCGAGCUCGGUGUGCAGGUGUUCGCCAAGCCGGUGAUGGACUCGCUCGAACUGAGCAUAUGUUUCCCAUUCCUCGACCAGACGGGCAUGUUUGAGUCUCAUCCCAGCCGAUACAUCAGCCACCUGAUCGGCCACAAGGGGCCUGGAAGUAUCAUGGCUUAUCUCAAGGAGAGGGAUUGGGCAGACAACCUGAAAGCCUUCGUACAUCCAGUCUGCGCAGGCACCCCUGAUAUCUUUGAAUGCCAGAUAAUCCUCACCGAGGAGAAGGAGACGUGGUACGGCACCGAUUACCGUCAGGAGAAGAUUCCCGACGACUUCAUGGCGGAGAUCAAGAAGGCUGCCUCAAGUACCGCUUCCGACAGACUCGCAGAGCUUCACCUCCCCCGCAAAAACAAGUUUAUUCCCACCAAGCUCGAUGUUGAGAAGAAGGAGGUCCAGGAGCCGGCAGUGGCGCCGCGUAUUGUACGGAAUGACAGCAUCGCUCGGGUGUGGUUCAAGAGAGAUGACACAUUCUGGGUGCCCAAGGCGGACCUCAUCAUUAGCUGCCGGAACCCCAGCAUCUACUCGACUGCUGAGAAUGCCGUCAAGGCGAAGCUGUUUACCGACCUCGUUAGGGAUGCGUUGGAGGCCUACUCGUAUGAUGCGGAGCUCGCAGGUCUGCAGUAUAGUUUCGCUCUUGAUGCUCGUGGCUUGUUUCUCAAACUCACUAGGUACAAUGAUAAGUUUGCGGUUCUCUCGGAGAAGGUUCUUGUCACAAUACGCGACCUCAGGAUAAAGGAUGAGAGGUUCGAAAUCAUCAAGGAGCGCCUAUCCCGAGGGUACAAUAACCAGGAGCUUCGGCAGCCCUUCCACCAGGUUUCAGACUACACAACUUGGCUCAACUCGGAGCGACACUAUGUUGUUGAGGAGUCAUUGACUGAGUUGCCCAACAUAGCUUCUGAGGACGUCCGCCAGUUCAGGAAGCAGAUGCUUUCACAAAUGCACAUAGAAAGCUACGUGCACGGCAACCUCUACAAGGAGGACGCUCUCAAGUUGACUGACAUGAUUGAGACGAUCCUGAAGCCGCGUGAAUUACCCCGCCUUCAGUUGCCCGUCAUUCGAUCUCUUGUUCUCCCCGCUGGAUCAAACUACGUCUACAAGAAGACGCUGAAGGACCCAGCAAACGUCAAUCACUGCAUCGAGGUGUGGCUGUAUGUUGGGGACAAGAGCGACCGCAUAACGCGGGCGAAGACAAUGCUCCUCGAACAGAUGACCGAGGAGCCGGCAUUCAACCAACUCCGAACCAAGGAGCAGUUGGGCUACGUUGUCUUUAGUGGACUCCGAAGCUUCUCAACCACCUAUGGCUUCCGGUUCAUCAUUCAGAGUGAGCGAACGCCUGAGUACCUCGAGUCGAGAAUCGAAGCUUUCCUCAACCAUUUUGCCAACAACCUGGACUCCAUGUCCGAGACCGAUUUCGAGGGCCACAAGCGAAGUUUGAUUGUGAAGUGUUUGGAGAAGCUUAAGAAUCUUGACCAGGAGAGCGAUCGUCACUGGGCUCAGAUCGCCAGUGGAUACUACGACUUCGAGCUGGCGCAAGACAAUGCCGCCCACAUCAAGUCGCUCACGAAGGCAGAAAUGGUCGAGUUCUUCCAGCAGUACAUCAAGCCUGGCUCUUCAACGCGCGCAAAGCUUUCAGUACACCUUCAUGCUCAGGCGAGCAGUUCGACAGAGACGGAAGCCACGAUGGACGGGAUCAAGACAGAAGAGAGCGGAGCAGCGAGCACGCCGGAGCCAGUACCCAUCAAAGACGUCCGCAGUUUCCGGGCGAGUCUGCGAAUGACGCAAAGAGCUAAGGCAGCCAAAACCCUGAGCGAAUACGAAGAUAUAGAUGUGAAAGUUUGA